AUGGUUACCAAAGUGGGGUUUGAGACAGAGCCAUUGCAGAAGCCAUACCGCAUGAGGUGGCUAGAUGAAGGAAGGAAUGUACAAGAUAAGGUCUGUGAGGGAAUUCAUGCCGACUCGGGAAAGAUUGAAGCUAUUGCUAGCUGGCCUAUUCCAAAAAGCUUAACAGAAAUUCGCAGUUUUCAUGGUAUGGUUUCUUUUUAUCAGCAUUUUAUAAAGAAUGUUAGCUCUCUUGUUGCUCCUAUUAUCGAGUGUUUGAAGGGAAACCCAUUUAAAUGGACGGAUGCUGCCCAAAAGAGUUUUGAAUUGAUUAUGACAAGGAUGACUCAAGCACCUGUGCUUGCUUUCCCCAACUUUGAUGUAAUCUUUGAAUCUGAAUGUGAUACUUCCGGAGUUGGGAUUGAGCUGUUCUUGGUCAAGAAGGUAGACCUAUUGCUUAUUUUAGCGAGAAGUUGA